GUAGUGACACGGUGUUUGUUUUCUAUGUUACGUCACCGUAAAUCUAAGAUGCACCUUUGAUUUGGUCAUUUAAAUCACGGCAUUCGAUUGAAAAGACGCGUAGUUUUUGUGGAAUCGUAUCCAUAUCCAGAAAUAGUCGAAGAUGCUGAAAGCAUGUUUGGAAUGCAUCGCGGGAUCUCGCGUUGAAAAUGAAGAAGUGGAUUUUAGUAGACGCAUAAAUGGUAGCAGUCAGAGAGCUCCACCUUGGCCAGUAACCCAGUUAAAAAACGAAAUCAUGUUCGUCUUACCAAAGCAAUUGAGUGCAGGUGACCAGAUCACUGUUGCUGGCAACAUGAUCGAUAACCCACAAAUAUUGACAGUGAGUCUACUAACAGGCAGUAUGUCACCUGACUAUCAAAAUAUUGCCUGCCAACUAGAAGCAUCAUUCCCGGCCAAUCCAACAAAUCCAAACCGUUUGCUAUUGAAAGUUAUUCAAAAUGGAAAUAAUGAAACAAUCCCUGGAGACUAUCAAUCAUUUUUGGCUACAGAAUUAUUCACAGAUUUGAGCUUCAAAUUUGGUUUCUCAAUAAGAGUAAAUGGAAAUUAUCAAAGUGGGCACACAUUGGAAAUUUAUGUUGGCGAAUCAUAUUUCGAACAAAUUACAUUAAAACAUAAUAUAGAUGAGAUAAGAUUCUUGUCAUUGAGCGGUGACAUUGCUAAAGUUGAAGGAUUAGAAUUUAAGUUUGCAUGAAAAUUGGACAUAGUGAAUAUAUUCUACUUCAUAAGUACUCAAAGUACACAACAUAUUAAACUUACGAUUAUCAAUAAUGUAUAAGUUAUAGAAAGUAUUAAUACCAAAAAGAUGGAAUUAACUCAAGACGAUUUGUGUCAAUGCAAAACAUUUGUAGUUACUACCGUCUUUAUAAAUGUUUGAAAUUAAAAAUUGGUCUAAUGAAAUGUUAAUAUUGAUACUUUCUAUC